CUAACGCCAUUUUGAUACUGAACACCGUAGGUGGAUCAGAUCGAGCACGGAUAGACAGCAAAUUUAGCACUCCAGUACUUUGAUUGAUCGAUCAGCAAAAGCUGAACAGCCAUGUCAUCUGAUAACCAGGACACGGAGACACAUACGGAGCAGCUGGACGAGAAUCAGGAAUCUCAGGACACAAACUCAAACCCUGUGCAGACAGAGGAGGCCAAAUUGAAAGCCAAGUAUCCCAACAUGGGUCAAAAGCCAGGUGGCUCUGACUUCCUGAUGAAGAGGCUGCAGAAAGGGCAAAAGUAUUUUGACUCAGGAGAUUACAACAUGGCCAAGGCAAAGAUGAAGAACAAACAGUUGCCUGCUGCUGCUGGUCCUGACAAGAACAUCGUCACUGGAGAUCACAUUCCAACCCCACAAGACCUUCCGCAAAGAAAGUCCUCAUUGGUUACAAGUAAACUGGCCGGCUAACGUCACCCACAGGUUCUAAAUAAACCCUCCGACCAAACUUCCAAAAUGUUUCCCAAAACCUCCCCAGCUCUGCCUGAACAGCUUCAUCAGGACUGGUUAUCCAUAAUUAGUUUCAUUUGUCAGGUUGUAGAGUUUUGCUGUCCUUUCACUUCCACUUCAAUAGGUCUCUCCAACCCAACUCUAAUAGCCUUUUCAAUGUCCCACAUAGGGAAGGAAAAACUAAACUCUCAGUAUUCCAGGCCCCAGUGGAGCAUGAUGCACUUUACUCUGUGUACCCUGUACAUAAGUCAAAUUAAGAACAAACCCCUGAACACUUUAUACAAUUCUGUUAGAUGCUUUUAAAUAUUUAAUUCAUGUGUCAAAUUAUUCACAACUAAUGACGAUUUGAGAUUGUUUUUAGAGGCAUUGUUUUAUAGAGAUAAUACUUGAUAGCCAUUGGUCCCAGAUGUACAUCAGCAGCCCUCUAAUUACAGUGACACGACAAAAAUAUGAAUGUUUUCUAAGAAUUACUUAAUGGUCGGAUUGAUAUAGGUAAAAAAGUGUGAGGGUAGUUCUAUAGCCUUCAUCCACUCUUCUACCUUUCACUCUUUCAAGAUGGCUCAGUUGAACCAAAUAACAGCUGCUUACAGGCGGGAUUAUUUUACUAUUCACAGCCUUCACCCACCAUGGUAGGAUCUGAGAAAGCUGUUCAAACCAGCCUGAUUAGAUUAUUGUAAUCACAGCUUUUGGGUGUAAACAGAGAACGUUGUAAUUCACUGAUAAUAGAAAAGAGCUGAAAUGGUCUUUGUAUGUGGCAUGAUAAUCAAAGGGCCUUAGGAAAAUAAUCUCAUCAUGGGAUAUGGUUUCUCUUUUUAAGCUUGAGCAUGCCUGCUUAUAACUGCAUAAAAAUUUUGCAGUCUGUUUAGGUAUGUUCAUGAAAAGUAGUUACUAUAUAUGUUGAAUUAUAGGCCAUUCCUUUAAAUUAACUACUGUGUAUUUAUUAAUUGGAUUAAUGUGUGAUUAUUUUGUGAAAUCCUAUGCUUUUCUUAUGAAGUGUGAUGACCCCUGUGAUCAUCUGAGAUAAUAGGAUGGAUCAUCUUGUUUGUUUUAUCAAAAUGACUCCGUUUGGUCUUAAACCCUGAUGUGAUAAGAUCUUAGUGAGUAUCCUGAGGUCCGAGGUGCAGAAUAAUUACAAAAUAAUCUGGACAGUGUUUAUCUACUUGAACUUGUCACUGGAAUUGCAUGUUCAAACGUGUUUAAACGUCCUCCGAGUAUUGGAAAAUAUUACCCAUGGAUUGCUUUUGCACCAUGAAACAUUUAAUUGUUGACAUGUGAGAUGAGAGUUAUGAACAAACAAGACACUUACCAAUGGCUUUGGGGAAUUUUAUAUCAUUUGACCCAUUUUUUUCCCAAUGUGGUCUUUAAAGAUAUACUCUUUACUCAUCUCUAAUUAAAGUGUCCUUCUCCCAAGGGCAUUAAUUAAUAAACCUCUGCAGGUUCUUUAAGGUUUAAAAAAGUCUGGACAGUGCUGUUGUAGAUCAUUGGUAACUUUGCAAUGGAACUUAAUGGCUUAUUUAAUCAAGGCUUUAAGACUUGAUACACUCUCUGCAGAGUCUUAUUACAAGGGCAGAUACCCUCACCGAGAAAAUAGACUCUGAAUUGUGACAUUGUGCAUUAUAGAACUCGUGUGGGUUGUUUCAGUAUUUGCAUAGUCUAAUUAAAAACCAAAUUUUUACCUACACAUGGCCUGAAGGUUAACUUAAAAACAUGUAUAUUACAGCAUGUUAUUUUGGGGUAAAAAAAAUACUUAUCUAACUAUAAGGGAAUUUACUAGGGAUUGAAUUUUUUUUUUUUUUUUUUUCUUCAAAUAAGGUUGUGCUGGUAGAAGUUGGCAAU